AUGAAUAACUCUGUCAAAGCAAUAGCUGCAGAGAAUCAGAAAUUAUCUGCCAAGAUUAAUGAUUUACAAAGAGAAAAAGAAGAUUUGUUGAAGCAAAUUAAAUCAUCUGAAGAAACAACACAAAAUACAAUGAAUGAAUUAAACAACUUAAAGAUGCAAUUCGAUGAGAACAUGAAACGUCUUGAUGAAGUAAAUGCAGAGAACUCUAAAUUACAGAAAGAAGUUGUAAGUCAGAUGAAAGCAGCCAAUUUCAAUCAGACAGCAAAUAUGAAAUCAAAUAUCCUUCAAAAACAGCUCAUUGCAAGAUUUGAAGUAAUGCUUGGUAAAUAUGACAAACUCAAAGAUGAAAAGAAGAAAUUUAUUGCUCAGAACGCAAAAAUGGAGCAAUUAAAUGUAUCAAUUUCAUCUCUUGAAGCUCAAAUAUCUUUGUUAAGACAAAAGAUUGUUGAAUUGACUGCUACAACUGAAGCUGCCUUAGCUGAUAAAGAAGCAGCUGAAAAGAAAUUGCAGGAACUUUAUAUUGAAAUUAGAAAAGCAUGCGGGUUUGGAGAGAAGGAUGAUAGACCAAUUAUAUCUAUAUUGCAUUCAAACGAGCAACUACUCAAAGAAUUAUCAACUUUAAGAGAACUCGUUUCUCUUUCUCAUAAUGAAAUUGAAUCAUUGAUCAGUGCAAGAGGCACUCAAAGUCAAGAAUAUUCAGAAUUAAAGAAACAAUUAAUAGCUGCACAAUCAGAAAACGAAAAGUUGUUAUAUGAAUGUGCAUCGUUGAAAGCUAAUUGUGAUAAACUAAGUGUCGAACUGUCCAAAAUCAGAUUAGACAAUGAACAAUAUCAGAAGGAGAAGGAAAACAUGGAUAAAGCGAUUGUCACAUUGAGGAAAACAAUAUCAAUGCUAAAGAAGACACUUCAAACAAACGAGGACGAGAAGAAUGCAAUUAAGAAAGAGCUAAUGGAAGUUAAAGUCAAAUUCGAUCUACGUGGUACUACUUGCUUAGAAAAAAGCGUCUAA